AUGGCUCUAGCUACUGGAGCAGCGGUCGCCGGCGUCUCAGCAGCAGCCGCAUACCUCGACGCGAAGUACCACAUCCGAAAAGACCUAGCCAACAUACGAGAAGGCAGACAGAUCGCGAAGCUCGGCCAGAGACUAGCUAAACAAAACCGCCGCUCCCUCUGGUACCAGUUCGAAGAACAAGCCCUCCGCCUGCAAGACGAAGGAUGCAUCUGGUACCGCUCCCAGCCCUCCGAGCCCGCGACAGAAUACACAUGGACACAAGCCUACGAGCAGAGCUGCCGCUACGCUCAAUUCCUUCUCCAAAACGAUGUCCAACCUGGCGAACUCAUAUCGCUCUACCUCGUCAAUAGUCCCGAGUUCAUGUUCAGCUUAGCAGGCAGCUGGGCGAUUGGUAGCGCACCUGCGUUCAUAAACUACAACUUGGGCGGGGACGGGUUGGUACACUGUUUGAAGGUCGCUCAGAGCAAAGUCGUGCUGGUGGAUGGAGACUCCGCCUGUCGGGAGCGGAUAGAAGAACAACGCGACCGCAUCGAGAACGAACUCGGCAUGAAGAUAAUAAUCCUCGACCCCUCCACCAAAUCCCUCAUAUCCUCCCUCCCCGCCACCCGACCCUCCAACACCUAUCGCGACGGCGUGACCGGCGAAUUCCCCAUAUUCAUCUUCUACACCUCCGGCACAACCGGCCACCCCAAAGCCUGCCCCUUCGAAACCCAGCGCUCCUACGGCAUGCCCAUCAGCCGCAAACGCACCACCGGCCUCCGCGGCGGGCCGGGCGCGGAUACCUGGUACAACUGCAUGCCACUCUACCACGGCACAGGAGGGACGACAGCCAUCUCCUGCUUCAUGGGCGGGAUCCGCUUAGCCAUCGGCCGCAAAUUCUCCGUGCGGAAUUUCUGGCGCGAUGUGCAUGAUUCGGAAGCCAACUGCUUCGUCUACGUCGGCGAGACGGCGCGGUAUCUCCUCGCUGCCCCGCCUUCACCGUAUGACAAAGACCACAAACUCAAAGCGAUGUACGGCAACGGCAUGCGUCCGGACGUCUGGCCGAAAUUCAGAGAACGCUUCGCUAUCCCCCGCGUGAACGAGUUCUUCAAUAGCACCGAGGGCAUGUUGUCUUUACUAAACGUCUGCGUCGGCCCCUUCCACGACGCGCACGUAGGACAUCAUGGCGCCAUCUCGCGCUGGCAGCUGAGAGAUACCAUUGUACCCGUUGAGAUCGACCACGAGAACAGCGAGAAGUUGUGGCGAGACCCGAAGACCGGGUUCGCGAGGCGGAAGAGCUAUGAAGAAGGUGGGGAGAUUAUUGUAAGGUGUCGGACGGGGAAGGAGUUUGUGGGGUAUUGGAAUAACGACGAGGCGACCGGUAAGAGGUUCGAGAGGGAUGUUUUGGAGAGGGGGGAUUUGUGGUAUAAGACCGGGGAUGCGCUAAGGCGGGAUGCGGAUGGGAGGUGGUUUUUCUUGGAUCGGUUGGGGGAUACUUACAGGUGGAAAUCCGAAAACGUCAGCACAGCCGAAGUAGCAGAAGUCCUUGGCCGCUUUCCACAAAUCGCUGAAUCGAACGUCUACGGCGUCGAAGUCCCCUCUCACGACGGCCGGGCGGGUUGCGCGGCAAUCUACAUCGCCCCCGAACACCGCGCGGCUUUCGACUGGAAGGGUCUGCUCGAGCAUAGUCGGAAGGGGUUGCCACGAUAUGCUGUUCCGGUGUUCGUCAGGGUGUUGCAGGAGCAGGCGCCUAUGCAUAAUAAUAAGCAGAACAAAGUGCCGUUGCGGAAGGAAGGGGUGGAUCCGAAGAAGGUGGCGGAGGGCGAGGCGGGGAGUGGGGAUGUGUUGAUGUGGGUGCGCCCAGGAGGGGAUGUGUACGAGCCUUUCACAGCGAGCGAUUGGGAGGGCCUUGUUGGCGGCAAGGCAAGGCUGUGA